AUGUUCUAUGUCGGAGGGCUCGCGGCCGGUCCCAUCUUCGACCGAUACUAUCCCUGCUGUGCCUCCAUCUGCCAAUGGUUCUAUGAGAAACGCGGCCUGGCGCUGGGAUUGACCAUGUCCGGCUCGGCGGUGGGCGGUGCGGCCUGGCCCUUCCUCAUCGAACAGUUCCUGUCCAAGGUCAAGCUCGAAGAGCCGAGGGUCCAUCGGAUCAUCUUUGGCAUAUCCAUGAUGGUGUUGCCGCCGGCGAUUCUUCUCGUUCGGGAGCGUCGAGACGCCGCUGGACACGAUGCGUCAGGCCAAGAGACGGCCUCUUCCGAAAAGGGGGUCGUAAAGGCACUCUUCAAACUUCGGUUUCUUGCUCUGUGCGGCUGUUUGACGCUCCUGUAUAGUCAGGUGCACAUCUACUCUUACAAUGCACAGCGGCAUGGCCGGUAGAACCACGCACAUUUCGCCAAGAUACACCUACUCGUCCCAAUAGCGCAUUCAGCAUCCUUCUUUGGAAUGAUUUUGACGGGCGCGCUGAGCGACUGGAUUGGCGUGUUCAAUGUGACUAUCCUUAUGGGCGGCAUCUCAAGUAUCGUCACUCUUGCAUGGAUAUGGGUGC